CCCGACGCGGAGGUUCUUCCUCGUGCUCCAUCGGGUGCUGCCCUGCACGGGUUGGAUGGGAAACGUGGGGCUGGUGCUGGAGAGCUGCGGGAAGGUUGGCCGUAGGAACAACAGCGAGCAGAGCGAAGCAAGUCUGCGGGCCUGGGAAUGCAGUGGGGAACCUUCUGUGUGUCUGUUGGCUUGUGGCAGGAGCGGUGAGGAGGUGGAGCAGUCAACUUCACUCAUCCAGUGUGCUCAUCUGGCGAGCUCUAGGUCGGCUGUGCACGGGGGAUGAUCUUAAUCACGGCUGUGUUUCUCAAACCCCACUGUGUGAAAGGUCACGUCGGGCUGCUGGCCUUUCACCUUAAAAAGUGUUCAGUGUCCUCAUCUGCACAGCUGCCUGUGCUGUUUCGCGUAGGCUGCAUUGGCUUGGUGUGUGCCUGCAAUGCAGUCAUGUGGACGGUCUUUGCAAAAGCCCUGCGACUCUCCUCCUCCUCGGCUACUGCCUCUGUGACAACAACAGCCUCCAACUUCAUCUCUUCGGCCAUCCUGGGCAAGCUUCUCUUUGGGGAGACAUGGACACCUGUGUGGUGGGUUGGCCUCGCCAUGACGCUCUGCGGCCUCGUUCUGCUGCACACUGCUGCACCCCGGCCAGCACUGCUCCCAGCAGAGAAGAAGGAGACAUGAGGGUCUUUCCUCCUUCUCCAUUUUCAGCCCAGAUAACACCUCAGCUAUUGGCACUGCCAGGUCCUAACCAGAUCCUCACCCCAUGCUCUUUCUCCUAAUUCAGCACUGGAGCCAGCCAGGCACCUACGGACUUGCUAACCCCCCUUGCACACUUCUCCGUCGAUUUGCAAAGUCAUGAACAUUGCAUCUUACGUGUUCAGCCGGUGCAGCCGUUCACAGGUGCCUGGUGGAGGUGCGGGAACAGCGACUACUUGGGAAAGAGCUGAUCAGUUCUGAGUCAGUUGUCUGGAAACCGGAGCCAGAGGCUUAUCAGCCACCCCUCCUCUUCACACCCUGCAGCGAUGGAGCCUUCCCAGUUCAGGGACGGAAGGUAGAAAGUAAACAUGGUGCCUAUGGAAGGUGCCUGGGCAUUGGUACUUUUCCAUAAGAUGAACUACCCCAAAAUGGAAAAGCGAACAGAAUUAGGUGCUGAAGGCUGCAGACAUUUCUGCUGUGCUGGUAACAAUUUUCCUUGAUGUCUCUUGAAGAGGCCCCGUGCUUGCCCCAUGUUCCCAUUGCCUGGAAGAUGGUGGAGCAUUCCAAUAAUUCCUUCAGAUUCCCCUAUCACACACACCUGUUAACUUGCCAUUUACAUCUGAUGUCCGUAAUUCCUGCUCUCCCAUUCCUGACAUGUUAUUCAUUGUAAGGUUGCUUUUUCCUUUAACUUCUUGACCAGCACUGAUUUUUUUGAUCACCAUUCCUGGUUUGUGUAGGUCAAACUGUAAUUUUGGGAGAAUACAUGUGAACAGUCAGCUGUUUUCAUUAAGAGUGUCCAUGUUUGACACACUCCCCUCCCCAUUUAAGCUGACAGUUGCUCUGAGUGGAAAUGGAGUUUCUCAAGCAACAUUUUUUACACCUCUGGAUUAUACUGUUUUCCAUGUGUGUAAUGUAAUUAAAUAGAUCAUUGGUACCCCACUCGUGCUAAAUUUUGGGUGGGUGAUUGCUCUUCAUUGUCAGGAUGACAAUGUAUGCCUGUCUAUACAUCACAUGUGUCAAGAAUCAUCCUUUGUAAGGUGUUGGCUUCUUUCCCUUGCCUGCACAUGCUUGUCAUCCUUGGUAAUUUUUUAUUGCAAUCCUAAUAAAGAAUCAUAAUGAUGCCUAAAAA